AUGGUCGGCCGGAAAAUCUCUUUUCCGAAGCUCUCCAGAUCAUCCCCAGUCAGAGGCGCGUGGCGUCCCAUUCUUUCUCUGCAAACCAUGCCCUCACUCACUGUAAACACGUCGCCUACCAACCCCAUACGUCCUGAUGGACAUUCCCCGACGUCGACUUCGAAAUCCCGAUCCGCAUCUCCUGUGCGACCACCUGUUUCUCCCAUCACCCCAACGUUGAGAGCGGCGCGACCGGUCCAAAAUGGCAGGCAAACGUACACCCACUCUCAACCACCACAGAUAGCUGUCUCAGCACCUGCGCCAGAGCCCAUCAAGUUCGACGAGAAUCCAGAUGUCCUAGCGACCAAAUCUGCGAUUUCAAUCCUCAUGAUGCAGGCGCGCAUUGCGGCGGAGGAUAUCAAGUCGUUGCAGCGGACCAAAGAACGUGGACUACAAGAUCCUGACGAAUUUAUGAGGGCUUUGCAGGCAGGGGAAAUCAAGCAGAAAGGAGAGACCUUUAUGGGUCUGGCGCAAGAUGAUGAUGAAGAGGAUGAGGACGAGGAAGAACUGACGAAAGCGGACGAUGGAAAAGCAUGGGAGAAGCUGCCGCAGCCACAGGAUGUUGUGCGUAUGCCACACAUCAACUGGGACCAGUAUGCUGUGGUUGGUGAAUCACUCGACAAGCUUCAUUCGGAGCAGCUUCGAAAUCCACCUGAGGGAUCGCCACAGCGGCUUGGUCCAGGAGGUCAACUCCUUCCUUCGGCCCUAGGCUCCUUACCAGCUACCCCAGCGAGGGAUAAGAACGAGAAGAUGGGCACGAGGAAAGGCGGCAAGAGAUGAUGUUACGACGGUUGCCUACACGGGGGUCAGGUCUGAUUUUAGAAGGGGCGUACCGGUAGGGUUAUGAUAUCACAGCUAGCAUGGGCAUUUUUAGGUGUUAGAAUAGAUACUGGAGUCCGGUUUCAUGUAGGGAAUUCAGGAGGAAGUAAGCUCCUCUGACCAGCAUAUGUAGAAGGUGGUUACUUGAUCAGGCUGUAAAUAAGCACUUAUAUCUCUCAAAGUUAUGAAUCAUGCUGGCUUGACUCAGUACAGAAUCUCCAUUGGGUCAAGCUGAAGUCCCAUCUCAAGUACAAGCUUGAGACACAGCUAUCAGUACAAUGGAGGGGUAGUGACACAAGCGCCAGGCAAGUGGUACAAGUGGUG